AUGCAAUUUAUAAAAUCAAGUAUUGCAUAUUCAUUUGCAAGUUAUUCUAAAAAUUUUAUUAAUAAAAAUUUUAGUUAUUUAUGUAUUGAACCAAAUAAAUAUGAUGAAAAAUUUUCAUUACAAGAAUUAAAAGAAAUUUAUGAAUCAUUAACUAUUGAUGAAAAAUAUAAAGUUGAAACCAUUUAUUGGGAAUUAUGUAAAAAACAAGAUUCAAGAAUUGAUGGAUUAUUUUAUGGUAAAAAUCAUUUAUUUGAAAAUUUAAAAUUUACAAUAAGAUCAUUACAUAGAUGUAAUCAUUUAAAUGAUUUAGAAAAUAAUAAUAAUGAAUUAAUUAAAAUUGAAUUUACAAAUAGAUUUAAAAGAAAUAAAACUACAAAUUCAACACAGUAUUAUAGUUUAGGUGAAAAGAUUGGUAAAGAUUAUGAAAUGGGACAAAUUGGAUAUGUUAACGGUAUGGGUAAUUCAAUAGGUUGGGCAGGUACAGAUGCAUCUAAAAUUUCAGAAUCAAUGGUAGAAGGUAUGAAUUUACACUGUGUUUAUUUACCAUCUUAUCAAAUUUCACCAGAUGAUUAUUCACCUUCACCAAAUGAUACAAUUGGUUUCUGUAUGGAUACAAUUAGACAUUUAACUAUAAAUGGUGGUGAAUUUUCAAAAACUUCAAUCCUAAUAGCUCAAUUAUGGAUUGAUUAUCUAUUUGAUAAUCCUAAUAAAUCAUUUUUACAAAUUUGUGCUUCUGAUGGUGGUACAUUCGUUACAAAUGCUAUUAAAAUCAUUAUUAAAUAUUCACCAAAUCUAUUAUCAAGAAUUUCAUUUCUAUAUUUAGCUCCAGGUUGCAUUUUAAUACCAAAUGAUUUUAAUAAUAAUAAUAAUGAUAAUGAUAAUAUUGAAAUUUUAAAAUCAAAACAAGUUUUAAAUUUUAUAAAAUUAGAAGAUACUUUAAUUUCAAAAUUUGCAACAGGUGCAAAUCAUUUAAAUAAUAGUAAAUCAAUGGAAAAUAUUAUAAUUGUACCUCAUAUUAAUAAAAAUGAUCAUCCUCAUAAUUUUUUAAAUAAUGAUUAUAUAAAUUCGGUUUUACCAUUUAUUAAGAAUUGGAAAGAAACUGGAAAAUUAAUUUUAUAA